UGCCACCAAAGCUCAAAUUUCAUCCCCACACACAGCACAUUACUUCAGGAAUGUGGAGGAGGUUGAGCUAAAACCCCCAAAUUCAAAAAAAUGAUCGUAACCCUAAACCCUAAGAUUCUCCACUUCUCCAAACUCAAUCCACAAUCUCCUCUCUCCCGUCCUUCUCCACGCUUCUACAGAGCUCGCACCAUCUCCCUAACCACCAAUUGCAAGCUUCAGAAUCCUCAAGAUGGCCUCACCAAAACAAUCUCCCUUUCCGAUUCCGCCCCGCCGGUUACUGAAGAGAGUUCCGGUGGUAACGGCGGAGGAGGAGGAGGAGGAGGAGGAGGAGGAGGGUUUCUGAAGAGGCUACCGAGAAAGGUGUUGUCAGUUUUAUCCAAUCUCCCUCUUGCAAUCACAGAGAUGGCCACCAUUGCUGCUCUCAUGGCUCUCGGGACUGUGAUUGAACAAGGUGAAACCCCUGAGUUCUAUUUCGAGAAGUAUCCAGAGGAUAACCCUGUGUUGGGGUUCUUUACUUGGAGAUGGAUCUUCGCACUUGGGUUGGAUCAUAUGUACUCUGCUCCUAUUUUUCUUGGCAUGUUGGCUCUUUUAGCAGCUUCUCUUAUGGCUUGUACUUAUACCACUCAGAUUCCUCUUGUUAAGGUUGCAAGAAGAUGGAGUUUUAUGAAGUCAGAUGAGGCUAUCAAGAAGCAGGACUUUGCUGAUACUCUUCCAAGAGCUUCUGUUCAAGACUUGGGUGUGAUUCUGAUGGGUGAUGGAUAUGAGGUGUUUAUGAAGGGUCCUUCAUUGUAUGCUUUCAAGGGUUUGGCUGGUAGAUUUGCGCCUAUUGGAGUACAUAUAGCAAUGCUUUUGAUCAUGGUUGGUGGAACACUUAGUGCCACCGGGAGCUUUAGAGGCUCUGUCACUGUCCCUCAAGGGCUUAAUUUUGUCAUGGGAGAUGUCUUGGCUCCAAUUGGAUUUCUCUCUGUUCCAACUGAUUCUUUUAAUACCGAAGUUCAUGUUAACAGAUUCACCAUGGACUAUUACGAUAGUGGAGAGGUGUCACAGUUUCAUUCUGAUCUUUCACUGCGUGACCUUAACGGGAAAGAGGUUCUGAGAAAGACAAUUAGUGUCAAUGAUCCUUUGAGAUACGGUGGGGUCACUAUAUACCAGACAGAUUGGAGUUUCUCGGCGUUGCAGGUGACUAAAGAUGGUGAAGGACCAUUCAACUUGGCUAUGGCACCUCUUAAGAUCAAUGGAGACAAGAAGUUAUAUGGGACCUUCUUACCAGUUGGUGAUACUAAUGCUCCCAAUGUCAAAGGAAUAUCGAUGCUUGCUCGGGAUCUACAAUCGAUUGUUGUGUAUGAUUUGGAAGGGAAGUUCGCAGGAAUAAGGAGACCGAACUCUAAGCUUCCAAUUGAGAUAGAUGGUAUGAAGAUCGUGAUUGAGGAUGCAAUAGGAAGCACUGGUCUUGAGUUAAAGACUGAUCCAGGAGUACCAGUGGUGUAUGCUGGUUUUGGUGCUCUAAUGCUCACAACCUGUAUCAGUUACUUAUCUCAUUCACAGAUAUGGGCACUGCAAAACGGAACAACAUUGGUGGUGGGGGGAAGAACCAACAGAGCCAAGAACGAGUUCCCUGAUGACAUGAAUCGUUUGCUCGAUCAAGUUCCAGAGCUAAUCAAGACUUCAGUUGAUUAGUCUGAAGAUAGACCAGUAAAGCUUUGUACAGAAAGGUAUAUAAUUUUCAAGUAAUGCACUUGAAGACUUGAGAGCGCAUUCUACACAUGUUGCUGAUCAUAUGGGAAGAGGGGAGCUUUUGAAACUUGAAACUUCAGAAUUGAUUUGUCUGUAGACUUUUGUACGAAGGUUUCUGAUUCUACACAGUAAAGUUUAGAAUGUAUAGGGUGGAUACUAUUUUGUUAUUUCAUUUGUGGAUAAGGCUGUUUGUUCGUCAAGUUA